CAUUUCGGUAUUACGUAUUGAAUGAUCGGACUACCUCCACGGUUGCAUGUUACCAUCCUGCUCUGAUGAGACAAUUCAGUACACUUGCCGUCAGCAAGGUCCGCUUCUUUCUUCGUCUCCUCCCAAGUCACAAUGCCCUUAGCUCAAUCUGAUCUCUUUAUCACCGUGCUAUUCUUGCACCCGUACUCUAAGUCAAGAUAUCAAUUUCAGCAAUCAUCACCACAUGUACAGCUUGAUACUUGAAUAUUGCAUUGUUCAUUCGCAGCUUCAAAAACUUGAAUAUUACCGGAACAUUGUAACGAAACUGCAUAUAGGUAGAGAAAAAUUACCCUCAACAACAUGUACACACGAGAACUAAGUGCCGCCCGUCAUAGUAUAAGCUUGAGUUCGCCCAAGCCCCUCAUUGUCUUGCAGGACGAAGCAUUGGUAGCAAGCGCGAUGACACUAGUUGGUCAGAUCAAUGUAAGACCAGUGCUCGCGCUGCGUACCCUUGCCAUCAAUCUUAGCCGUCGAGUAGCUAGCCGCCGUCCAGGAAGUACCGCUAGAAACGUACCUAAUCCAUGCGUGGCGCGGAGUAUCAAGAGCGACUUACGGCCAGCAAGGGUGUUGUUGUACAUAGAUCUGCCGCAGUCGUAUCCGCAUCUACAGAUCAACUCUGACACUGGGUCGUCCAAUGGAGAACUAAACAAAGCCGGGGGCUCUUCAAGCGCACAUGACGGCGUCUCUGAACAUAGUUCAGAGACGCACGCUUGUUCGUUCGAGGUUUCACGCAUCUCGAAAGGGUCGAGUCGUAGAACAGAGCACUCCGGCUCAUGCCCGUAGACUGUCGCGUGCAACACCCUUCGAAACCAGACUGGUCAUCAGCCUGCGCCAUAGGAAUCUCGAAUCGAGCCUCGAAACGAGCUUCUUCCCACCCUCUGCUCUUCUGCGAAAGGU